GGUAGAGCUGGUUUCUGCUCGCCGCGGUGCCGCGCGCGCCGGCCGGCCGCUGGGCGCUCCGCGCUCCCAGGCUCGAGUUGUGCAAUCCUUUGUAGCACGCCAGAGAGUCCUCCUCCUUCGCUGUUGCCUCUCGCCCUCUCUCUCUUUUUUUUUCAAGCUGUGAGCUCAACCGAUGAGUCAGAGCCGUGCAAUCCUGACACUGCAUCGCAGGACUGGGGGUGACACGGAGGGAGGGAGAGCGCUCGCGAGGCGGACAGCACGGGCGCGGGGCGCGCCGAGGAUCCUGCGCCGCGAGCGGGGGGUGACAGCCCGCGCGUCCCGCCCGGGCCCUGCCAGCAAACUUCCCAGCCUCGGGAGGCGCGGGCUGGCGGAAGCCCCGCGAGCGCCGCGGGGAGGCGACGGCGCCUGUUUGUUUUUAAAAUCGGGGAGUGCGUGCAGGCGGCUGGACUCCCGGAGGCGACCGAAGGCGGCGGCCCGUGGAGGAAGGGGGACAGCCGAGGCAGGAGCUCGGGCAGCAGCCGGGCUCCAGGACCCUGUGGAGCAUCAUGACCUGGGAAGUGUAGACGAGUCCAAGAACCUCUCCCGAAGAGGAAGGAAGAGCCAGCAACUCUUUCUCCCUGUGCCUGACCCCAGCAUCUUCCUCUGCCACUGCUCUGCCCUCACUGGCUCGUAGACAAGGACUGUCCUUCUAACAGGAUCUUUCUUCAGGGGAUGGGCACCUGGUGAAGUAGGUCUCACUGCCAGGGCUCAGCUGGGCACACCAUGAACCUCCAGGCCCAGCCCAAGGCUCAAAACAAGCGGAAGCGUUGCCUCUUCGGGGACCAGGAACCGGCUCCCAAGGAGCAGCCCCCACCCCUGCAGGCCCCACAGCAGUCCAUCAGAGUGAAGGAGGAGCAGUACGGUGGGCACGAGGGCCCGGCAGGGGCAGCCUCCUCCUCCCAGCCCCUGGAACUGCCCCCUCCCAGCAGCCUGGCCCUGCUGAACUCUGUGGUGUAUGGGCCUGAGCGGACCACAGCAGCCAUGUUGUCCCAGCAGGUGGGCUCAGUGAAGUGGCCCAACUCUGUGAUGGCUCCAGGGCGGGGCCCUGAGCGGGGAGGCGGUGGGGGUGUCAGUGACAGCAGUUGGCAGCAGCAGCCGGGCCAGCCUCCACCUCACUCGACGUGGAACUGCCACAGCCUAUCCCUCUACAGUGGACCGAAGGGGAGCCCUCAUCCUGGCGUGGGGGUCUCUACCUACUAUAACCACCCCGAGGCACUGAAGCGGGAGAAAGGGGGUGGCCCACAGCUGGACCGCUAUGGAAAUGCGGUGCGGCCAAUGAUGCCACAGAAGGUGCAGCUGGAGGUAGGGCAGCCCCAGGCGCCCCUGAAUUCUUUCCAUGCAGCCAAGAAACCCCCAAACCAGACACUGCCCUUGCAACCGUUCCAGCUGGCGUUCGGCCCCCAGGUGAACCGGCAGGUGUUCCGGCAGGGCCCACCGCCCCCAAACCCCGUAGCCGCCUUCCCCCCACAGAAGCCGCAGCAGCAGCAGCAGCAGCAGGCAGCCCUGCCUCAGAUGCCCCUCUUUGAGAACUUCUAUCCCAUGCAGCAGCCCUCUCAGCAGCCCCAGGACUUUGGCCUGCAGCCAGCUGGGCCACUGGGACAGUCCCACCUGCCUCACCACAGCAUGGCACCCUAUCCCUUCCCUCCCAACCCGGAUAUGAACCCAGAACUGCGCAAGGCCCUCCUGCAGGAGUCAGCCCCGCAGCCUGCGCUACCUCAGGUCCAGAUCCCCUUCCCUCGCCGCUCCCGCCGCCUCUCUAAGGAGGGUAUCCUGCCUCCCACUGCCCUGGAUGGGGCUGGCACCCAACCUGGGCAGGAGCCCACCGGCAAUCUGUUCCUACAUCACUGGCCCCUGCAGCAGCCGCCACCUGGCUCCCUGGCACAAGCCCAUCCUGAAGCCCUGGGAUUCCCACUGGAGUUGAGGGAGUCGCAGCUGCUGUCUGAUGGGGAGAGACUGGCACCCAACGGUCGGGAGCGGGAGGCUCCCGCCAUGGGCAGCGAGGAGGGCAUGAGGGCAGUAGGCGCAGGGGACUGUGGGCAGGUGCUACGGGGUGGGGUGAUCCAGAGCACGCGACGGAGGCGCCGGGCGUCCCAGGAGGCCAAUUUGAUGACCCUGGCCCAAAAGGCGGCAGAGCUGGCCUCACUGCAGAACGCAAAGGAUGCCAGCGGCUCUGAGGAGAAGCGGAAAAGUGUAUUGGCCUCAACUACCAAAUGUGGGGUGGAGUUUUCUGAGCCUUCCUUAGCCGCCAAGCGAGCGCGAGAAGACAGUGGGAUGGGACCCCUCAUCAUCCCCGUGUCCGUGCCUGUGCGGUCUGUGGACCCAACUGAGGCAGCCCAAGCUGGAGGUGUUGACGAGGACGGGAAGGGUCCUGAACAGAACCCCACUGAGCAUAAGCCAUCGGUCAUUGUCACCCGCAGGCGGUCCACCCGCAUCCCCGGGACGGAUGUUCCAGCACAGGCUGAGGACAUGAAUGUCAGGUUGGAGGGGGAGCCUUCUGUGCGGAAACCAAAGCAGCGGCCACGGCCCGAGCCUCUCAUCAUCCCCACCAAGGCGGGCACUUUCAUCGCCCCACCCGUCUACUCCAACAUCACCCCAUACCAGAGCCACCUGCGCUCUCCUGUCCGCCUGGCUGACCACCCCUCCGAGCGGAGCUUCGAACUGCCCCCCUACACACCACCCCCCAUCCUCAGUCCUGUGCGGGAAGGCUCUGGCCUCUACUUCAAUGCCAUCAUAUCAACUAGCAGCAUCCCGGCCCCCCCUCCCAUCACGCCGAAGAGUGCCCAUCGCACCCUGCUCCGAUCUAACAGCGCCGAAGUCACCCCGCCUGUCCUGUCUGUGAUGGGGGAGGCCACCCCAGUGAGCAUCGAGCCACGCAUCAACGUGGGCUCCCGGUUCCAAGCGGAAAUCCCCUUGAUGAGGGACCGUGCCCUGGCAGCUACAGACCCCCACAAGGCAGACUUGGUGUGGCAGCCAUGGGAGGACCUAGAGAGCAGCCGCGAAAAGCAGAGGCAAGUGGAAGACCUGCUGACAGCUGCCUGUUCCAGCAUUUUCCCUGGAGCUGGUACCAACCAGGAGCUGGCCCUGCACUGCCUGCACGAGUCCAGGGGAGACAUCCUGGAAACGCUGAAUAAGCUGCUACUGAAGAAGCCCCUGCGACCCCACAACCACCCACUGGCAACUUAUCACUACACAGGCUCUGACCAGUGGAAGAUGGCUGAGAGGAAGCUGUUCAACAAGGGCAUUGCCAUCUACAAGAAGGAUUUCUUCCUGGUCCAGAAGCUGAUCCAGACCAAGACCGUGGCCCAGUGCGUGGAGUUCUACUACACCUACAAGAAGCAGGUGAAAAUCGGCCGCAACGGGACUCUAACCUUUGGGGAUGUGGAUACAAGUGACGAGAAAUCAGCCCAGGAAGAGGUUGAAGUGGAUAUUAAGACUUCCCAGAAGUUCCCAAGGGUGCCUCCUCCCAGAAGAGAGCCCCCAAGUGAAGAGAGGCUGGAGCCCAAGAGGGAAGUAAAGGAGCCCAGGAAGGAGGGGGAGGAGGAAGAGCCAGAGAUCCAGGAGAAGGGGGAACAGGAAGAGGGGCGAGAGCGCAGCCGGCGGGCAGCAGCUGUCAAAGCCACACAGACACUACAGGCCAAUGAGUCGGCCAAUGACAUCCUCAUCCUCCGGAGCCACGAGUCCAACGCCCCUGGGUCUGCCGGCGGCCAGGCCUUGGAGAAGCCAAGGGAGGGGCCAGGGAAGUCACGAAGGGCACUACCUUUUUCGGAAAAGAAGAAAAAACCGGAGACAUUUAAUAAGACCCAAAAUCAGGAGAACACUUUCCCUUGUAAAAAAUGCGGCAGGGUGUUUUACAAGGUGAAGAGCCGCAGCGCCCACAUGAAGAGCCACGCGGAGCAGGAGAAGAAGGCGGCUGCGCUGAGGCAGAGGGAGAAGGAGGCCGCAGCCGCUGCAGCCGCCGCGGUCGCCUCGCACCAGCAGGCCCUGCGGGAAGAGAGCGGCGCGGGCGAGAAGGGCUGAGUGCGGGAACCCUCUCCUCUCUCUGGGUCCCGGGCCCCUGUACCGCUGCCCGCAAACACCCUGGAACCUCAGGAGGGAGUGAGGAGAGAAUCACAUGGACUUUCUCUGCAAAACAAAUAAGACAGUGAAAUAAACGGCUCUUUUAUUUA